CCUGCUGCCUGUGGGAUUCUGCUGCUGCUGCCGCUCCUGCCGUUGCCGCAGGUGGCGCUGGGCUCCGCGGACCGCAGCUGCGACCCUUCGGACCAGUGCCCUUCCCAGGCCCGCUGGAGCAGCCUGUGGCACGUGGGGCUCAUCCUGCUCGCUGUCCUCCUGCUGCUGCUGUGUGGAGUCACCGCUAGCUGUGUCCGGUUCUGCUGCCUCCGGAAGCAGGUGCACACACAGACACACCUGCCCCCAGUACGGCAGCCCUGCGACCUCACGGUCAUCCCUGUGGACAGUGACAGCCCUGUGCAUAGCACUGUGACCUCCUACAGCUCCGUGCAGUACCCACUGGGCAUGCAGCUGCCCCUGCCCUUUGGGGAGUAG